AUGUUCGUCGCCGUCGCUUUCUUCGUGAUCGGUACCUGCGACGUGUCUUUCAAUUUCUACCACAACGUCAUCGCCUUCAUCGUCUACAAGGGCCCCGGAGGUGCAAAUGCGCAAUUUGAUCAAUUCUCUAAUUGGGUCAAUUUCAUGCGGGUCCGUAUACUUCUCAUCUUUUCCGACGCUGCCUUGAUCUAUCGCUGCUGGCUCGUGUACACAGAAUCACCACAUAGGACAAUCGUCGGGAUCGUACCAGCUAUACUAUGGCUGGCAUGGUUAUCCAUCGCAAUCGUACUUCUUUAUUACGCCGUGACCCUGAACACGGCAACGUCGAUCCCAGGAACUCUCGAAAUCCAGCCUUUCGUCUAUGCGUUCUACUCGACGACGUUAACAAUCAAUGUGUUCACAACGGGCCUUGUCAUUGUCAGACUCUGGAAAUUUCAUAGGCGUAAUGCAGAGCUAUUCUCGCGAAGCUGGCGAGUCCCAGGCCGAAUGGACUGGGCUCGGUACACCUUGAUCAUAGUGGAGUCGGCCCUUCUGUACACGGCGACUGUCGUCACUUGCAUUGCGCUGGAUCUUGUGGGUACGAAUGCGUACUAUGGCAUGACAGACAUUAGUCUAGAAGCUGCCGGUAUCACCUUCGACCUCAUCAUUAUACGGAUCUGGACGGGAGUAUCAACAGAGCAGACUCAAGCUUUCAUGGAUACGGUGCAGCAUGCAUCCAAAGUAGUGGCGACUGCGCACGAUGAACAAAUCAAAUCUGCUCCGUCAGCUUUCACGGCCCGGGAUGUAAACACCUUGGACCUGACCCAGGCCCUCCCCGGUGAUCAUGACGAUCAACUGGAGUGGCAGAGGAAUGGCUCCGGAAACCAUGUAUGA